UCCCAAAACUCCAUUUUCCUUUCCAGUUUCCACUCCUCUUCCAUCCUAUAUAAACAGCUUUUUCAAGGGAGAAGGACAAAAAAGGAGACGCAGGCAUACUCACUCGUACCAACUAUUCUUUGCUCUUACUCAACAAGCACCUACCACCACCUCCACCACUGAACAAUACAGCCAUGGAUUCCGACUUCGGCAUUCCCAGAGAACUUUCCGAGCUUCAGAAGCUCCGAUCUCUUUACCAACCUGACCUUCCUCCUUGCCUUCAGGGAACUACUGUGAGGGUAGAAUUUGGAGAUGGUACUACUGCAGCAGACGCAGCUGGUGCCCACACCAUAAGUAGAUCGUUUCCUCACACUUAUGGUCAGCCUUUGGCUCACUUUCUUAGGGCAACUACUAAAGUACCUGAUGCUCACAUCAUCACUGAGCAUCCAGCUAUGAGGGUGGGAAUUGUUUUUUGUGGGAGACAAUCUCCUGGUGGCCACAAUGUCAUAUGGGGCCUUCUCAGUGCUCUUAAAAUCCACAAUCCUAACAGUAAUUUACUUGGAUUCCUGGGUGGCUCUGAAGGUUUAUUUGCCCAGAAAACUCUUGAAAUAACAGAUGAAGUUCUUGCUACCUAUAAAAAUCAAGGUGGUUAUGAUUUGCUGGGUAGGACUAAAGAUCAAAUAAGAACCACUGAGCAAGUAAAUGCUGCACUAGCCACAUGCAAAGAUUUGAAAUUGGAUGGGCUUGUUAUAAUUGGAGGGGUUACAUCAAAUACGGAUGCUGCUCAGCUUGCUGAAACAUUUGCUGAUGCGAAGUGCCCAACAAAGGUGGUUGGCGUUCCUGUUACUUUGAAUGGAGAUCUCAAGAAUCAAUUUGUGGAAACAAAUGUUGGUUUUGAUACAAUAUGCAAGGUCAAUUCGCAGCUCAUCAGUAAUGUCUGUACUGAUGCUCUCUCUGCAGAGAAGUAUUAUUACUUUAUUCGUCUCAUGGGUCGAAAGGCAUCACAUGUUGCUUUAGAGUGCACACUGCAAUCCCAUCCGAACAUGGUAAUUCUUGGUGAGGAGGUAGCUUCAUCAAAGCUCACUCUUUUUGACUUAACAAAACAAAUUUGUGAUGCAGUCCAAGCCAGGGCAGAACAAGACAAAUACCAUGGGGUCAUUCUACUUCCAGAGGGCCUCAUAGAAAGUAUUCCUGAAAUUUAUGCUCUCUUGAAGGAAAUACAUGGUUUGUUGAGGCAAGGUGUUCCCCCCAACAACAUUUCAUCUCAACUCUCUCCAUGGGCUUCUGCUUUGUUUGAAUUCUUGCCACCUUUUAUCAAGAAACAGCUGCUCCUUCACCCUGAAUCAGAUGAUUCAGCACAGUUAUCCCAGAUUGAGACAGAGAAACUUCUGGCACAUCUUGUGGAGGUAGAAAUGAGCAAGCGGCUGAAAGAAGGCACAUACAAGGGGAAAAAAUUCAAUGCUAUCUGCCACUUUUUUGGUUAUCAGGCCCGGGGUUCUGUGCCAUCAAAAUUCGAUUGUGACUAUGCCUAUGUGCUUGGACAUAUCUGCUACCAUAUUCUAGCAGCUGGUUUGAAUGGCUACAUGGCGACAGUAACUAACCUGAAGAAUCCUGUGAACAAGUGGCGGUGUGGUGCUGCUCCUAUUACAGCAAUGAUGACUGUGAGGCAUUGGGCUCAAAGUCCAGGUGCCACUUCGGUUGGGAAACCUGCUAUUCAUCCAGCUGCAGUGGAUUUGAAAGGCAAAGCAUAUGAGCUGCUCAGAGAAAAUGCAAUGCAGUUUUUAAUGGAUGAUCUUUACAGAAAUCCUGGACCCUUACAAUUUGAAGGUCCUGGUGCUGAUGCUAAGCCAUUAACUCUGUGUGUUGAAGACCAGGAUUACAUGGGCCGGAUAAAGAAAUUGCAGGAAUACCUUGACCAGGUACGAACUAUUGUGAAACCAGGGUGUUCACAGGAAGUUCUGAAAGCUGCUUUGAGUGUCAUGGCUUCUGUGACAGAUGUGCUUUCUGCAAUGUCUUCAACUUCGUUCAAUAGCCAGACACCCCUUUAAGAGCACAACUUAUGUGUUCUUGAACUAACUUGGUGCCGUUGCAUUUAGUGUGAGAAUAUAUCCUUCGGCAUGUCUCUCUCUCUCCUUUUUUUUUUCUCCUCCCCUUGAUUUAUGUCAUGAAUAUAGAUGGCAAUAAGCUGAAUUUCACCUUUCUUCCGGAGAAGAAUGAUCUUCAAUUUUACAUAGUUUCUUGUGCGAUAGUAGUGUGAGGAUUAUGUAAUGUAAAAGAUUGGCAGAGUUGAAGUUUUGUUUAUGCUGGUGGGAAUGAGGGACAUGCAUAUAAUCGAAGCCUCAGUUGCAGCAAGCUUUUACGAUUA